AUUUUCAGAUAUGUUGAAAACGUGCAUGGAAAAGCAGGAGAAAUUAUUACGAUGCCGCAACACAUUAGAACACAUCUAUGGACAUCACUUUUUGGCAACAUUAUUACCAAUGUGUUUUUUUGCUCCUUACUAUAAUAUGAUGCGAGGCAAGUACGUACAUUAAAAAAAAAAUCAAUGCUUUAUUCCCUAUUAAUUCACUGUGUUGUACGCAAUCAAUCGUGAAAUAAUAAAUGUUACAAUCAUGCAAUUAUUAUCGUGACAUUACAUGCUAAUACAACAUAAUAAAUCUGAACACAUAUUUUAAUUCUACACUAGAAAAACAUCUCCACUGAGAAAAAAUGUUAAUUUGACUAUAUUUUUCAACUCAAUUAAAUUUCUUUAAUUCAAAUAUUUAUUCAUUUAACUUAAAUACAUAAAUAUUUGAAUUCAAAUUUGAAACAAAUGUGUUGUUAUUCUUAUUGCUCUCUAUGUAUGUAAACCACGAAGCAAUUUGGAUGACAGGGCAAAUCGGAUGAAGAUAAGAGUUGACUGAUUGAUUAGAAUACAACAAAUAUAAUAUAAAUACUUAUUUUAAUCCGAUUCGCCUCGAUUUACUCUACAUAUAAAAUUAUUAUUUGAAUAAUUGAAAAAAAUCAAAUAAUUUUUCUAAAAUGUUUAUAUAAUGUUAUUUUAAAGUGUUCAAAGAAUACACAUAAAGUCAACAUUUUUUAAUUUUAUUUUAAUGUUACUUGCCUUCGGGAGGUAACGAAAAAAUAUCGAAUACAAGAGACUGAAAGAGAAGUCGCAUCCCGCAUCCCUUGUUGUUUCUUAACUGCUUAUGUUUCUAAAACUUUCAACUUACCCCAUAUGCUAAAAUUCUUCCCUCGCGUACACAUAUCUAACGACGCUGUCACGACGACGUUACAAUCGACGACAUAAAGCAACGCUUUUUAUCUUGUAAUAAAAGAGAAUUGUAAAUUUGCAUGUCUUUUACCGGAAAUAUCGAUUACUCUACAUAUGAAAUUAUCAUUUAAAUAAUUGAAAAAUCAAAUAAUUUUUCUAAAAUAUUUAUAUAAUAUUAUUUUGAAGUGUUCAAAGAAUACACAUAAAAUCAACAUUUUUAAAUAUUAUUUUAAUAUUACUUGCCUUCAGGAGGUAACGAAAACAAUAUCGAAUGCGACUGACUGAAAGAGAAGUCGUAUCCCGCAACCCUUUGUUGCUUCUUAACUGCUUAUGUUUCUAAAACUUUCAACUUACCCCAUAUGCUAAAAUUCUUCCCUCGCGUACACAUAUCUAACGACGCUGCCACGACGACGUUACAAUCGACGACAUAAAGCAACGCUUUUCAUAUUGUAAUAAAAGAGAAUUGUAAAUUUGCACGCUUUUUACCGGAAAUAUCGAGCUCAAUGUUACAUUGCGUGUCACUGAUUGAUACACUUUGAUGCGACCCGAAACCGACCAGAACCCAAAAUAUGAUUUUAUAUUUCGCUGUUUUGUUAUGUCAUAAUAAAAUAAUAAUAAUAAUAAUUUUUUAUUAUCUGAAUUAGUUCUUGUAAAGAAUAUCGCUAUGCGAGAUAAUAAUUAUGACUUUAGUACAGGCAAAUUUAUGGAAAGUUGUGGAAUAUCAACGACUAAAUCCGCAUAUAUGCGUGUAUUUAACAAUAUCUUCAAACAAUGAUUUAGUAAAAUCUAAAAAAAAAAAAAUACUAAUAAUGCAAAGAUACAAGUCUGAAAAGUAACAAACAUAUGUAUUCGAAUAAGAUCUUUAUCUUAUCAAACUGUUUACUUACAUCUCUAGACCACAAUUCUAAGUAUCAAUAUUCUUCCGUUCGCAGGCAGACAGCUAACAAUGGUAUACUGACUAUAAUGUGAUCGAUAACAGAGAGUUUUCUUUAUAUCGUACAAGAAAAGGGAAUUGUAAAUUCGUCUGCUUUUAAUUAAUUAAAUGAGAAAAGUAUUGUAGUCCUGAUACAAUUUAUAUAGUACAACUUACGCGACCCGUACGACUUUUCAUUCCCUUUGAAGUGCAAUUUUUCUUAUAUAUCUCACAGUUUGUCUACAGUCCUAACUAACUAAAAAAAUGUAGCCCGUUUUGACCGAACUUUAUACAAUAACACAUUAAAUUGGUCGCUAUUAGCUAUUAAUAUUUUAAAGUCUCUAUAUACAAUACGCAAAUGAUAGUCAAUAAAAAGUUCAAAGAAAACUGCAUCAAUGUAAAUUGCAAUCCUUCAACAAUAAUUUAAAUUUUCAAGAUAGGAGGUAAAGUCUUUCCCAUUCUCUUGACUUGAAGCUAUUAACAGUGAAUCCGUCAUAUCGAACGUAUCGGACACGAUAUUUUCAGCGAUAUUCUUAGUUCAAAGUUUUCUAACGAAAAAGUCUUUCUCAAAACUCGCACCGUGUGUGACAGUUUAAAAGUCUUUUCAUCCAUCACUCUUUGAGUUCUUUAAUGCGCGAAUAUCAUGACUGAUAAACAAUAUCAAGCGUAUAAAACAUACCAACGCUUUACUCAAAUUUGUUUAACUAUCGGUGGUUGUUGGUACAUGCCAACAAAAUCCGGCAAGCCUGCAUAUUACUGGCCAGUUUGUGUGGUUUGUCUAACAAUUAUGAAUGCAGUGAUAAGAUUCAAUUUAAUCUACAUCUCUAGACAUAACUUAGUACAUAUGAUGAAAUUCGUAGGAAAUUUGAUGUCUGCAAUUGGCUGUCUUAUCAAGGUAAUAAGCUUUUUGAUAAAUCGCGGCUCUUUGAUAAAUCAUCACCGGACGCUAAAUGAGUCCUUUGAGGAGGAGUUUAUGCAAAACAAGAAAAUCCGGACUAUGAUAUUGUCGUCUCAACGUAAAAUUUACAUUGUGACGUAUACAUAUACUACCAUAUUGGUUACAUUGCUGCUUAUGAUUUAUGCAGCUUCGUAUAUCCACAUAAUUCGCGAUCUUUUUCACUUACGUUUGACUAUAAAUUACACUCUGCCGAUGAGUAAAGGAUAUGGAUACUUCUGGUCUGUUCCCGACAAUUUUUUGUAUCAUCUUCAUCUGCUUAUAGAGACAAUUUUGAGUUCCCUCGGUGUCGUAACGGCGAGCGGCGUCGACAGUAUUUUUGGCUUUUAUGUCUAUCAAUUCGUCUCGACGCUUCGUUUUAUGACUUUCAGGCUCUCGAAUAAUUUGUCCAUUGAAAGUUUUUCAGAUCAGUUAAGAACGUAUAUAAAGAAACAUCAGAAGUUACUGCAAUGUCGCAACACGCUAGAACACGUCUAUGGACCCAUCAUUCUUUGGCACGUUAUUACCAAUGCUAUGUUUAUGUGCACAAUGAUGUACGAGAUGAUACACUUAUCGAAUUUUAAUCUUCGCUACGUGUUAAUAUUUCUAAUGUACACUUCAGUAAAGCUGUUUCAAACGUUUAUAUACGCAUGGUGCGGCACCAUUCUUACAAAUGCAAGCGAAGAUUUUCGUAAUGGGAUAUAUUUUGGUAAAUGGCAUAAUUCGAAACUCGAUCAUUACGUAAGAGUAAAUGUUAUUCUGAUGCUGAUGCAAAAACCAAUGACUAUAAAAGCAAUUUUUUUAUCCGUCGAUAUAGUCAUGUUCGCUAAUGUAAGUUUUUACAUUAUAAUCACCCGUGUAAGUCUGAGUAAAACCUUAACAGAAUCAUUCAGUUUUAUCGCGCGUUAAUGUUCUAACACCAUUUACAUUUAAUUUCCACAAAUCCAGGAAUAUGAAUUCUACAUUGUCAAAGUUCAACACUGAAUAAAAAAAAUUCAAUUGUUUUAAUUUUAAUCUACUCAGAAAACAUUAAGUUAUCUUGUAUGGAUAAAAUGUAUCAAAAAUAUCUUUAAAAUAUUUCUAGAAGAGAAAUAUUUCUAAAAUAUGUCUAAAAACGUUUUAAAAAUAUUUUUAAGAUAUUUGCUACAUAAGAUAUUUUCUAAAGGACUAUGCCCAAUUGCGUUAACGCUUCUUUUACAUUUGAUUGUUUUAAUUUACGCUUUAGAAGGUUUGUUCACGCUUCUAUUACUCUCCCUUUACAUUCGUCUUACGCUUCAAUUUUAUAUUUUCAUGAGAGUAAUAGGAUCCUAUAUGUUAAUUAAAAAUUUCUUUUACUAAUGAAGUUAGUUGACUUUUUAGAAUUUCUAUUGAUUUUAAUUUUUGCAAAAUAUAAAAGAACAUCUUUAUUUCAUUCAGUUAAUAAUAUUCAGUUUUUCUUUUUUUGCAUGUUGAUCUAAUGAUUUUGUUUCAUUUUUAUUGACAGCUUAUACAUGCUACAGUAUCCUAUUUCUUCUUGUUGAAAUCUCUCAGUGAUAAAGGUGAAUAAAAAUAGACCAAUGCUUGUAUUAGAAUAAUUAUUAACACAAAACAUUGUAACACUAUU